AUGCGAACGGAUAUUCGUACGGAGCGUCUGGAGCGCUAUAAGCAUCCUGAAGACGCUGUUGAGCCCGACAUCGUCGCUCGUAAACGCCGUAAGAUCACUGUCUAUGAAGCCGUCGCUGGUAAAGCUGGCUACGAAUCUCUUCUCCCACCCGAGAAGCGAACUGCUACAAAGUACCGAGACACCCAGACGAAUUCUUUGCAGUCUGUUCCACCAGACGAAGUCUUGUUUCGUCGUCAGGGAGCCCCUGAGCGAUAUGAAGAAUCCGACGUCUAUAAGGCUCCUGACCCAACCACUCCUUUACCAGAUUCUGACCUACUCAAACUUCUUCACCGAUAUACAUCCGAUUUUUAUUCCAAGGCUAUUCCGGACAAGGGGCAGACUGACUUCAAAUCACUGGAUGAAACCGCUUUGCUCGCUUUGGGCAUACUCCUGGAAGAGACAGCCGCCUUGCACCUCGGCGAAACUGGCCAUUCUGCCUUUAUCGAGGACGAGAAUGAGGACACCAUGACUGGUAAGCGGGAAUACUGGGACGGUGCCACAUGGGUCCGGAGUGUUAUCGAGAAAAAGGCUGCCGGCACCUAA